GCACCCAGUUCUGUCUGCUCUGCAUGAGAGUCUGCCCUUCCCUCACUACCAACCUCAGCUUCCACAAAACAUGAGUAUUGCAAAUACUCAUUGAACAUGAUGGGGUGACUAAAGCAGAAUAGUCGAAAUAUUCCUUUAUUUUUUACCGAGAUUGUCUACAGCGGGUUUCCACGCCGUACGUGAGCAGAACUCUAGAGAUCACAGCCCGACCUCCCCCUCCCGUCCCCUCCCCAGGUCCAGGCGUCCGGACUCCCCCCGGCGGCGGCUGCUGAUGGCACAGGCCGGGUCCGGGGGGCGGGGCUGCGCGAUGGAACAAGAUGGCGACCGAGCAGAGUUCCAAUGGUCCUGUCCGUCGCUCCAUGCAUGAGAAAGCAGUUGACCGUAGAAAUAUAAAUAAGGAGCACAACAGCAAUUUCAAGGCUGGAUAUGUUCCCAUUGAUGAAGAAAGACUGCACAGGACAGGGUUACGGGGUCGUAAGGGUAAUCUGGCAAUUUGUGUAAUUGCUCUUAUGUUUAUCCUGGCAGUGAUUAAUUUAAUUAUUACACUUGUUAUCUGGGCUGUAAUUCGAAUUGGCCCCAAUGGCUGUGAUAGUAUGGAAUUCCAUGAAGAAGGCUUGUUACGAUUCAAACAGGAGUCUGACAUGGGAGUCGUGUAUCCAAUGCACAAGAGCACAGUGGGAGGAAGAAGAGAUGAAGACUUGUUGAUCACUGGCAACAAUCAACCAGUGGUGUUUCAGCAGGGAACAACCAGACUUAGUGUAGAGAAGGACAAAACCUCAAUUACGAGUGAUAUUGGCAUGUCUUUUGUUGAUCCCAGGACCCAGAAAACUGUGUUCAGCACUGACUAUGAUACUCACGAAUUUCAUUUACCCAAAGGUGUGAAGACACUAAAUGUAUUGAAGGCAUCCACAGAAAGGAUAACAAGCAACCAUACCACAGAUCUCCAUAUUCAUUCUGGUGGCCAUGUGAUUGUGCGUGGAAAUGAAGGAGUCUUCAUCAUGGGCAAAACCAUUGAAUUCCGAAUGAAGGAUAAUAUGGAACUCAAGGCAGUAAACAGUAUUAUUCUUAAUGGGACUGUAAUGAUCAACACAUCACGGCUUCCAAAUUCAUCAAAUGGAGAGCUCCUUGUGGAUGAUGGCUGGGAACGCUACAAACUCUGUAUGUGUGCAGAUGGAACACUCUUCCGCAUCCAGGUGAAAAGCAGAAAUACAGGCUGUCAAACAUCCGAUAACCCCUGCGGAGUUGUGCUAUAAGGAUUACAAUCUACAAGUAGUGCACUAUUGUAAUGUUUCAAAUGAAAGAGAUCAAUUUAAUGCAGAACAAUCACCACUAUCUGCUCCAUAAUAAUACUGUCUUUUGUGAAUAGUGACAGGUAAAUGUUCCACUAAAAAAAAGUUAGCUGUUACUUUUCAGCAGACUGGCACUUUGUACCAAGAAAUAAACUAAAGAGUAAACUAUUUCUAUUCCUACUCCAAUCCUAUAGAACUAGCCAACAAGACUUUUCAAUGAAUUAAAAAAGAUCACUCUUAGUCAGGGGCUUAAAUGUUAUUAAUAACAAUGUUUAGUUUUCCAGGUCAGACUUCAAUUCAAGUUCAGCAAUAUGCAUUAAACUGAAUGUAUAAAAUGAGUGAAACAAUUUAUAUUGAUUUAAAAAUAGAAACAAAUGUCAUCAAAGCUGGGCUAUACAAUUUCUGUUGAAAACUUGGCAUUUUAUUUCUAUGUGUUAGAUUGUCACAAAGUAGUACAAAUCAAAAUCUGUUGGUAAAAUGGUUAUUUCAGAGAACCUCAUAUACAAAUUCCGCAGGAAUAGUUUUUCCAGUCUAGCUUUGCCAGGCGUAGAUUUGCUUUAUCAACUUUGGUUUGGAGGACAAUUUAAAAAUUGCUGCAAGUGUCGAACUACAACAUUUAGAGUUGCCUUUGGGUUUUGGCUAGUGAUAUGUGAACUUGUUAAGUUAUUCAGAUUAAUUCUAAUGAAUAAAUACUUGUAAGGUAGGAGACCUGGAGCACAGUUCUUUUUGGCUCUAAGUAGGUUUACAUAGUGGAAAAGAGGCUGGGAAAUAUCCCAUAUCAUAAUAGAGACAUUGUUCUGUUUUCCAAAUUACAUAAGAGGUAUCUUAUUAAGAUGUAUAAAGACGACAUACUUUUGUAUAAACAACCAAAACAAAAUGUAUGAUAGUACAGUCACGUAAAGAAUGAGAUCUAGUUGUUACUCGCUAAAGGGUACAAAGUCAGGCAUUGCUUGAUCCUUACUCUGUUUAAGCCUCUAUGCUGCUGAGUGAUAACUUGCCCAUUGGUUUUGGCCAAUGCAUAAAAUUGGACAGUUAGAAUACUCCAAAACUUUGAGAUCAGUUUAACAAAAUUGGACCUGCAUGCAUUUCACAACUUUUUUUUUGUCAGUGCAGUAAACUGAAUUUAAUUAUACAGCAGUUUUUCCAGAUAUCCAGCUGUGGCAAAUAUUCGCUAUGAACAAAAACACUUAGUUAUUUUUACUUGUUUAAAAAUUAAUAAUAGAAAUAAGUUUUAUUUUGUGCUUCUUGUUUAUCAUAUGACAGUAUUACUUAGAUUAUUGGUUUAAAAUCAUUCUUAUUCAGUAUUAUGUAUCAACAAAAUGUAAAGCAUAUUGAGAUAUGAUAAUAUAGCUUCUUUGGUGUUCUCUUUUGGGCUGCUUUUUAAGUAUGAGUUAUUUGGAAAACUAAAGGAUGGAAUAGAUUUAAUUAUUGACAUUAAGUGCUGUUAAAUACCUCCAGGUUCUGACAUAUAGUUUGUUACAGCUCAAUUAAUCAAAAGUUUGAUCCAGUUAUUAAAUUUAUUUUGGAUAGCUUUUAGUUUUGCAAUAAUAACGUAUCAUUUGGCAUAUUUAUUAGUUUUUUUUUAAAGUCUAUAUAAUGCAUGACAUUGAAUUUUCAGUUUUAAGAAUGAAGGAAAUGAUGAAUAAAUCCAAACUUCUAAUGGAACUAAUUCAUAUCAGCUGACCUUGUGGCGCUGUGUGUGAAGUCAAUUUUGGAAAAAUCAUUUACUACUUAUCAUCCAUAAAAUGUUUCAAUAAUGACUAAAUUUUAGAGGGUAUAUAUAUUUAAAUUUUGAUUUUUAAAACAGGUCUAUAUACACUUCUAUCCCCCACUGAGUGUACCUUAAGGUGCUCUGCUUUUUUUCUCAAUAAAAGAACCAACCAGUUCCCCUCCACCACCCUUUUCCAUCUGGCAGAACUGGUCCUCACUCUCGCAACACACACAAAAUGCUGGAGGAACUCAGUAGACCAGGCAGCAUUUUGUGUGUGUUGCCCAGAUUUCCAGCGUCUGCAGAUUUUUCCCUUGCUUUUGGUCCUCACCCUCCAGUUUUUCCUUUGUCUCCUUCCAUUUUCUCCAGACAAUUAGGGGUGGACAUGGACACCCGCAUGGGCUCCAGCUAUGCUUGCCUUUUCAUUGGCUACGUAGAACGGUCCAUGUUCCAAGCCUUCCUCUGUAAUGCUCCCUAAAUCUCCCUCUGUUAUGUUGACGACUGCAUUGGUGCUGCUUCAUGCACCCACAAUUUCACCGACUUUGUCUCCACUUUCAACCCUGCCUUUGAAUUCAUUUGGUCCAUUUUCUGACACCUCCCUUCCCUUUCUCGAUUUCUCUGGAGACAAGCUAUCGAACAACAUCUUUUAUAAACCUGUCAAUUCCCACAUUUAUCUUAACUAUAUCUUUUCCCACCCAGUCUCUUGUAAAAAUGCUAUUCUCUUUUCUCAGUUCCUUUGUCAUAGAAACAUAGAAACAUAGAAAAUAGGUGCAGGAGUAGGCCAUUUGGCCCUUCGAGCCUGCACCGCCAUUUAUUAUGAUCAUGGCUGAUCAUCCAACUCAGAACCCAGCCUUCCCUCCAUACCCCCUGACCCCUGUAGCCACAAGGGCCAUAUCUAACUUGUCGUAGCUGCAUCUGUUCCUGAGAUGUAGCUUUCCUUUCCAGGACAUCAGAGAUGUCCUCCUUCUUCAAAGAAUGGGAUUUCCCUUCUUCUACCAUUGAUGCUGCCCUAACCCACAUCUCCAUUUCCCAAACAUCUGCGAUCACCCUACUUACACCCCUUGAGCCUCCACAUUCAACACAUCAUUCUCCAUAACUUUCACCAUCUCCAAAGAGAUCCAACAACCAAACAUAUCUUAAACAUCCUCCUUCUUUCCACUUUCUGCUCAGAUCACCCACUCAGUGAUUCACUCAUUUGUUCCUCCCUACCAAUCUCCCUCUAGGGACUUAUCUCUGCAAAUGGCCAACAUGCUACAUCUGUCCAUUCAUCUCCUCCCUCAUCUUCAUUCAGGACCCCAAACAGUCCUUCCAGGUGAGGCAACACUUCACCUGCAAAUCUGCUGGGGUCAUCUGUUGUGUCUGGUGCUCCCAGUGCAGCCUCCUCUACAUUGGUGAGACCUGUCAUAAAUUGGAGGACUGCUUUGUCAAGCACCUCUGCUCCAUUCACCAAAAGCGGAAUUUCCCAGUGGCCAAACAUUUUAAUUCCGAUUCUCAUUCGCAUUUCGACAUGUCAGUCCAUGGCCUUCUAUUGUGCCACAAUGAGGCCAACCUUGUACUCCGUGUAGGUAGCUUCCAGCUUGAUGGCAUAAAUAUCUAUGUCUCCUUUGGGCAAGGAAAUUUUUCUUCCCCCACCCCCCCCCCCAUAUUCCCCACUCUUGCCCUUUAUUUCUAAAUGGCCUAUACCACCCCGUGGGUCACCUCCUUCCCUUUCUCCUAUGGUCCAUUCUCCUAUGACCCUCUCUCCUCUAUCAGAUUUCUUCCUCUCCAACCCUUUACUUUUUCUAUUUGGCUUCACAUUUCAUUGUCUAUCCUCCUUCCCGAAGAAGGGUCUCAGCCCAAAAUAUGGAUUUGUUUGUUUAUUUCUAUAAAUGCUGCCUGACCUACUGAAUUCUUUCAGCAGUUUGAGUGUGUUGCUUUGAAUUACCAGCAGCUGCAGAAUUUCUCAUGUUUUCAAUUUUUAAAACUAAAUAAAUUUACACUACAAUUGUAUUAUUGUAUUACAAGUUCUUUGGCUUCUAAAGUCAAAGAACUGCCAUUGUAAUUACAUAAAAAUGUAGCACUGAAUAAACUCCUGUAUUUGAAGAAUUGCCUUGGAGCUUACAAGAAAUAAAAUCCCAUAUACUUAAACAUGAUUGUAUUAAAAUUU